UAUUUAUAUCAUGUAAUAAAUAUAUGUAUUUGACAUUUUUAAAUUUGCAAGGAACUUUUGAAAUAGAAAUUCCCUAUUCGAUUUGCCAAUUGAAUGUUCUUUUACUAUGAUGGAUCAACCAAUCAACGAAUCCCUGUUAAAGAGAAGAGUCCAAUGAUUUUCACGCUUUGAAGAACAAGAAGCAAGAGGUCGUAACUAUAGAAAAUGUUGAUAAAAUAUUGGAAAAUACAAAUAUUUUGAUAUUUUGUCACUUGAAUCUAGGCUAAUAUGCCUUUGGUAAGGAAACCCAUGCGAUAUGCUCAUCAAGAAGGGCACACUGAUGUUUGCUAUUAUUCAGGUGAAAAAAGAGGACUUAUUACUUGUGGAUGCGAUGGAGAUGUUAGAUACUGGUUAAAUUUAAUGGAUGAUGAUCCAGCUACUAGUUGCAUAUCGGAACAAGCAAUUACUGUUAUUUCAAAAGAUGGUAAAAUUUUUGUAGGAAAUGACAAUAAUACAGUACAAAUGCUUACUUAUCCUGAUUUAGAAAAGGAAGGAAUAGUCACUAGAUUUUCAGCACCAGUUUCAGCAUUAGCAACAACAAAAGAUAGUAAUUUGAUAGUAUCUGGUUCUUGUGAUAUGCGGAUACAUGUUACAAAUAUUACUACAUCAGAUAGUAUAGAAUUAGAGGGCCAUGGGGCACCUAUCUUAGGCUUGUCUCUAGAUCCAAAGGAAGAAUUUGUGACAUCCUCUAGUGCAGAUGGAUCUAUUCGCGUAUGGAAUAUUAAGGAAAAAAAAACUGUACAUGUUUGGAAUAAUAUUGUACCAAAAUGUAAUUCCUUUUUUACUGCUAAAUCAUAUUGCACGCCUUCUUUUAAAUGUACGGAUGGUAGUUGUCUUGCAUAUCCAUCUAACAAAGACGUAGUUAUAGUGGAGAGAUUAUCCUGGAAGGAAUUGUAUAGAUUGAAAUGUCCUACCUUAAAGACUGAACUUAACAUUUGUAAAUUCUCUGAAUGCGGCACACGCAUUGCCGCUAGUUCACUACAUGGAGAGAUAAUUGUUUGGAACAUAGAUACUAAAGAAGUGAUUGGAUAUCUCGAACAUGAAAUAGAUACUAAAAUUACUGCAUUAGUAUGGCAUAUAGAUCAUUCCAAUGAGAUUGCAUUUUGUGAUGCAUUGGGAAAAUUAGGAUGUGUUGAUGUGAUAAGUUCUAAUAAACCUGAGAAUGAAAAGAUCUUGGAUUCAGAAAUAAAUGAGGAUGUAAUGGAAAAUGAUUUUACUUUAUUGGGCGACGAUGACGAUGAUGAAAAUGUGAUAUCUUUAAACAAAAUUAAAGCCUCUGUUAAUCUGGAAGAUGAUCAAAAAAGCCAAACAGCCUCUGAAAAGCUUCCAUAUGAUUCUAAAGCUUUUAUGCCCAGUGUAAAAUUGCAAUCACCUUUUCAACCAGGAUCAACACCUUCUCACUUAUUAUCAUAUUUCAUGAUGUGGAAUGAUGUGGGGAUGGUCAGAUGUUUUACAUCAGAAGAUGAUGAAAACUCCAGCAUUGAAGUAGAGUUUCACAAUGCUGCAAUUCAUCGCAGUAUGCAUAUAAAUAAUUAUUUCCGGCAUUCCAUGGCUGCUCUAUCCACUCAAGCACUUGCUCUGAGCUGCGCAGCUUCUGAUAAUGGUCCUAGUAAAAUUGUUGUCAUAUCUUUGCAAGGUUGGGGUUCUGGAAAUAAAGAAUGGUCUCUGGAUCUGCCAGAAGGGGAAGAAAGUGAAUGUUUAGCAGCUGGUGAUAAUUUUGUGGCAGUAGCAACAUCUAGAAGAAAUUUAAGAAUAUUUAUGAUAGGCGGAACACAACGUGAAAUUUUAGCUUUACCUGGACCUGUAGUUGCAAUGAAUGGCUUAGGAAAUCGUCUUUUGGUAGCUUAUCAUGCUGGAAUUGGUCCGGCAGGUGAUCAGAAUAUGAAUCUAUUAUGGAUACAAAUACAGGGAGCACAUGUACGCAGUCAAACUUUAACAAUUCCACUUUCGCCAACAUCGGAUCUUAUGUGGUUGGGACUAUCAGAUGCUAAUUCUCCCAUUGUAAUAGAUUCUGAUGAUAUUAUCAGGAUAUAUGAUAAGAGAUCUUGUCAGUGGAGAGUACUCUGUGAUACGAAUAUACAGGACAAAGGUAAAGCAGAUCAUUAUUUUGUAAUCGGUGUGAGCGAACAAGAACAGAAUAUGCGAUGUAUCCUUUGUAAGGGAAGUUAUUAUCCGCCGACAAUUCCACUGCCGAUAAUCACCGAGGUAUCUUUCUCUGCACCACUUUGUGAACCAGAAUCUGAGAAAACUAAAGAAGAACGUAAACUGUGGGAGAUAGGAAGUAAUCCAUCGGAUGCAACUGAAGCACUAUUAACUCUAAUUGCACUUGCCUGCAGAAGCAAUUUGGAAUAUCGUGCAGUGGAUAUUUGUGAACAAAUUGCAUCAACGAAAGCAAUAGAUUUGGCUAUACGAUAUGCCCUGCGUGUAUCUAAAACAGCAUUGGCAAAGAAGUUGGAAGCGAUUGCUGAUGUAAAGUCUGAUUCUAAAGAUUCAAAAGAAGAAGAAGAAAUGGAAAAUCAGGAGGACAACUUUACAAGCAAUAGUGAUUUUAGUAUUAAUAAUGAAGAGGAUAAUAAUAUACUUUUACCAUCUAUUAAAAAGCCAGAAGUGGAGAUCAAGCCACUAAGUAUGAGUCAAACAUUAAAAAGAGUAAAUCCUUUUUUAAAAGCUGGAAAUUCAUCUUUAUCACCAAGAGGUUUAGCUGGUUUGAACAGUUUACCAGAAAAACCUCAGAAACCAGUAAACAUUGUGCCUGUUAAACCGAAAUCAAAGACUGAAUCUAGGAAAGAGUCAUUUGUUACUUGGUAUGCUAAAAAUAGAAAGAAGCUGCAGGAAGAAUUUCCUGAAAUAAAUGUCGUCGAAUUGACUAAAAUUGGUUUGACACGGUAUAAAGAGGAAACAACAAAAUCGAACAACGUAGAGAAUGCGGUUGAAUCUUCAGAACUCAACAAGAAAAGGAAAUUAUCGAGUCUUGUGCCACUGGACACCGUUCAAGAGGCCAUGGGCUCUAUGGGUCCAUGGCACAUCGUGAUCGUGGUCGCAAUCUCUCUCGUCAAAUUUCCAGUAGCUUGGCAUCAACUUUCCAUUGUAUUUCUUGCACCACCCACUAAUUUUUCAUGCAUUGCGCCGUUAUCAGCGACUAAUGACUCUACGAUAAUGAAAUGUGAAAUUGAUGUAGGAAACGGGACUAUGGAAAAGUGCACGGACUUCAAAUACGAUAAGCGAAUAUUCCGAGAAAGUAUUAUAACGCAAUGGAAUUUAGUAUGCGAUAAAGAACAAUUGGCAAAUUUUGCACAAUCUUGCACAAUGUUUGGUGUGCUUAUUGGCAAUUUAAUUUUCAGUGUAAUGGCUGACAGAAUUGGACGAAAGAAGCCUUUGAUGAUCGCAAUCGCGUUGCAAUCGGUAACUGGAUUUGCAAGUGCAUUUGCACCAUGGUACGAAUUGUUGAUACUGAAAUUCAUAUGUGCCUUAGCUACUGGUGGAACGAUGCUUGUUAGUUUUGUUUUACUUAUGGAGAUUAUCGGAAUUGAAUGGCGGUCAAUCAUGUCGGUUCUCUUCCACGUGCCAUUUCUACUUGGACACUUAAUGAAUCCCUUAAUCUCUUACUUGACACAUGGCACAUGGUCUGGUUUUCAAAUGGCUGUCUCGAUACCAUCAGUUUUUUUACUUGCGUAUUACUGGAUUAUUCCAGAAUCACCGAGAUGGUUACUAGCCAUGGGCAAGCCGAGACAAGCAGAACGGAUUUUGCUAAAAGCUGCCGAACGAAACAAGAUACCGGUGGAAAAUGUGAAAGUAGCUCUUGAAACUCAUGAGAAUCAAGCAGCAAUUCGAAUCACAAAGAGCAAGGAAAAAUAUAAUAUUACGCAUUUAUUUAGAACUCCGAAUCUGAGACUGAAGACUAUAUGCGUGAGCAUCAACUGGUUCGUUUGCGGCAUGUGUUUCUUCGGUUUGGCGCAAUACAUGGGUCAUCUUGACGGAGAUAUAUUCAUUAAUGUCGCAGUUUCUGCUGCCAUGGAAUUACCUGGGACAGUGAUAGUUCUGUUUCUGAUAUCACGAGUGUCUCGUUUAAAAAUCUUGAUAGGAGGCAAUAUCUUGUCUGGUGUUAGCUUACUUUUGAUAACUUUAAUGACGAAUGCAAGUGCCAGGAUAUUUUUAGCCUCACUAGGCCUCGUGGGUAUGGCAAUCAGUUUCCCCACGAUAUAUUUGUACAGCGGUGAAGUAUUUCCGACUGUCGUAAGAAAUAUUGGCGUUGGCUUGGGAAGUAUUUCUGCCAGAAUCGGAAGUAUAAUCGCACCGUAUAUUGCUACAAUGGGAACUAUUCAACCUUGGUUGCCUCCAGUAAUAUUCGCCAUAGGACCAAUGCUAGGCGCUGUACUUUGUUUACUUUUACCAGAAACGAUGAAUUGUGAAUUACCAGAAACGAUAGAAGAUAGCGAAAACUUUGGAAAGAAAAAGCCUAAAGAAAGUACAUCGUCGACGUAAUUUUGCGCAAAAUACUCAUUGCCUCACACAACAAUUUUUAUAUCUGUAAUUUGAGAAUAUCAUACAGAAAUAUAGCAAUAUGUGUUCAGUUUAA